AUGCUCACACCUACGUGCCGAGUUGAUAAAAGCAAGAUGGUGAGUCUAUGCACACCAGCCUGGAUUUUUGGCUUGCCUUGCUUUCUGGCUUUUCACUCCAAUGCUUCAGCUGACUUGAGGUGCCAACUGGAUACCCCAAACCUCAAGGGCAUGACCCUACCAGGGGAUUUUCUAAUAGGUUCAUUAUUCGCGCUCCACCUGGACAAAAUUUACCACAAAGUUUCUUUCACAGAACGUCCUCCAAAGACAACCUGUACAACGUUCUACUUUGAAAGCUUUCAGGCACUCCAGGCUACAAUGUUUGCCAUUGAGGAGAUCAACAAUAAUCCCAACAUCUUACCGAAUGUAACCCUGGGUCUCCAAGCCUAUGAUUCAUGUAACAUCCUUCAGCCAAAUGUGAAGGCAACGCUACAAAUAUUAACAGGACUCAAUACGGCUGUUCCCAAUUAUCGAUGUUUUAAAGAUUCUCCUCUCACUGCUGUCCUAGGUACCUCAAUCUCAACACACUCAAUGACAAUAGCUCAUAUUCUAGGUCUCAGCAGAUUUCCACAGAUAAGCCAGUGGUCAACCAGCCCUCUACUAAGCAAUCGGAGACGAUUCCCUUCCUUUUUUAGAACAGUGCCAAGCGAUGUGUUCCAGUCUCAUGGACUUGCCCAGCUGGUAUUGUAUUUUGGUUGGUCAUGGGUUGGACUUAUUGCUGCAGAUGAUGACUAUGGCCAACAAGGAAUCCAACUGAUCGGUCAAGAUAUAGUCAAGGCUGGAGCUUGUGUGGCGUUCAGUGAAAACAUUCUAAUGAACCAACCAGACCGUAAUGCUCCACAUAUAGUGAAUGUGAUUAAAAGGUCUACUGCCAAAGUUGUGGUGGCCUUCUGUAUGGAAGCUGAUCUGAUCCUAGUCUUGAGUGAAUGGUCACGACAAAACGUUUCCAAGAAGAUACUAAUUGCCAGUGAAGCAUGGUCAACAUCCAAGCUGUUUUCCCUUCAGAAAUAUUCAAGCCUUCUUACCGGCUCUAUCGGGCUAGCAUUUUCCAGUGGGACGCUGCCAAACUUCAAAGAGUUUCUCAAGAAGAUCAAUCCUUCCAUGUCUGUCGGUAGAGACUGGAUUAAGAUACUUUGGGAAAGCACAUUUCAAUGCAAAUUUACCCAUGACCUAAACUUCACGUCACCUUUGAAGACCUCAGAAGGAGAGUGCACAGGGUCUGAAAAACUAGAAGAGAUACACAACAGCUACACAGAUGUCUCUACACUAAGGUCCCCCUAUAAUUUCUACACUGCAGUCCAUGUAGUGGCCAAAGCUUUGGAAGAUCUUAUAAAUUGCCCUGAGGGAAAAGGACCAUUUGCUGAUGCAAACUGUGCAGAUAAGUGGAAUUUUCAACCUUGGCAGCUUCUGUACUAUAUGAAAAAAGUGAGAUUCAAGCGGAGUAAUGGAAGAGAACUCUAUUUUGAUGAAAACGGAGACCCUCCUGCCGCGUAUGACAUUGUGAACUGGCAGCUGAGCCCAGAAGGAGGAUUACAGCAAGUCAAGGUUGGAAGUUAUGACACCGCAGCACCUCCGGCAGAAAUUUUUACCAUAAACAUAAGUGCCAUCGUGUGGUCAAUAGAAGAUCACCAGCUUCCGAGAUCAGUCUGCAGUGAGAGUUGUCCUCCAGGAUUUCGUAAGGUUGCCAAAAGUGGACAACCUGUCUGCUGCCAUGACUGUGUCCCAUGUCCUCCGGGAGAGAUCUCCAACCAAACAGACUCGGUUGACUGCCUUAAGUGCCCAUGGGAUUAUUGGCCAAAUUCCCAUAAAUCCCGAUGCCUCCCGAAGCCGAUAGAGUAUCUUUCAAUUGAAGAUCCACUGGGAAAAACACUAACGGCCAUCAGUGUCAUUUCCUUUUUGGUUCCAGUUGCCCUUAUGACACUUUUUAUACAGUUCAAGGCCACCCCUUUAGUUAAAGCCAACAAUUAUUAUAUCAGCUGUCUUCUCUUGGUCUCCCUCUCGUUGUGCUUCCUCUGCCCUCUGAUCUUCAUUGGUUAUCCCCACAGUGAGAAUUGUCUGCUGCGUCAGAUUGCUUUUGGAAUGGUUUUCGCUCUCUGUAUCUCAUGCAUUUUGGCCAAGACCAUCAUUGUGAUAUUUGCUUUUAUAGCCACCAUGCCAGACAGUAAUCUCAGGAAAUGGGCACACCCAAAAGUGUCCUACAUGGUCAUCACAGUGAGCUCGUUUUUGCAACUUGUUUUGUGCGUAGUCUGGCUGUGCAUAGCUCCUCCCUUCCCGGAAUACAACACACAAUCUAAACCCGGAACAAUUAUUGUUGAAUGUAAUGAAGGAUCACCCGUUGCCUUCUGGACCAUGUUGGGUUACCUCUUUCUUCUGGCUUCCAUUAGUUUUAUUGUGGCCUUCCUAGCUCGGAGACUUCCUGACAGCUUUAACGAGGCCCAGUUUAUUACCUUCAGCAUGUUGGCUUUUCUCAGUGUCUGGAUAUCCUACAUUCCAGCAUCCCUCAGUGCUGAGGGCAAAUAUACAGUGGCUAUGGAGAUCUUUGCCAUCUUGGCCUCCAGUUGGGCUCUCAUCACCUGUAUGUUUUUCCCAAAAUGUUUCAUCAUCUUGUUCAGGCCUGACAUGAACACUAAAGAAUUUCUCAUGAGAAAUUAUAUUUAUAAAAAAUAG